AUAGUAGAUGCUAUCACUAAAUAUCUUUUGCCAGGGAAUUAAAUAAAACCGUUUAAACCAAGAUCUUAUAGGAACAACUUACCUUCUCUAACUUGUCAGCCAAACUGCAGUCCAGUCGAGAAAGUGAAACAAACUGCAGUUAUUUAUCCAUCUAUCUGUCUCUAAUUAAACUUAAUAAUCCAAAAGCACUUUAACGAGGAUUUGACCGAUUAACACGAGGACAGGUGGACAUGCUGAUUAUUCGCCAAGUGCCGAAAUUAGGUAAUUUUCUCAUUAUUGGAUUGCAGUUUGGCUUAAAAGGCAGAACAUGGAAGUGGGCCCUACUAUGGUUUUGGUUUAACCGGUUCUUAAUCCAGUGACAGAAGAUGUUUAGUGCUGGCAACCAGACAGCAGAGGCGGGUCUCUCUGUGGCCGAGCUCAUGGUCGACGACAACAUGACCGGCCUUGGGCCCAGCAGGUGUAUGGAAGAGGCAGGCGCCACCUUGAAAACGUGCAUCAUUGCAGUAAUGUGUGGCCUGAUCAUCCUGGGGAACUCCGCUGUGUUUCUGGUCAUCUCCUCCUCGGUGUCAGGGUGGUCUGGAAACAGCCGCCAUGUCCUCAUCUCACUGACUGGAGCUGACGCCGCCCUGGCGCUGAUAGUCAUCCCCCUGAACCUCUAUGCGAACAGAGUGCCACAGCUCCGUAACCAGACCGACUCUCCCUUCUGCCACAUCGUGGUGUUUCUGGACGCCAGCAUCCUCGCCUCUUCCAUCUACUCCCUGGCCACCAUCAGCAUCGAGCGUUACAUCGCCGUCUUCUUCCCCCUCCGCUACACCAGACUGAUGACCAACUGCAGAGUCAAAGCCCUCAUUGCUCUUGUCUGGCUCUUGCCUCCAGUCCUUUUAUUCCCCAUAUCCAUCCCAGGCGGGGUUGUCAAAGUUUACUUCUCCAGCGCGUCCUUGAUCUGCAAUCUGGAUUUUUCCAGCAAUAUGCCUUACACGCUGACGCUGACGGCCUUCAUCUUCUUUCCCUGCUCGCUCAUCAUGACCUUCGCUAAUUGCCGUCUCUGGUUUGCAGCCAGGAGUCAGAGGAAACGGUUUAAGCUGUCAAAGGUGAGCAGGAGGCACGAUGCUGCUUCCAGAAUCCUGCUGCCGGUGGUCAUUGUCUAUUACAUCUGCUGGAGUCCUUGUGUCUGCAACAUGAUCUACCAGGCUCUAACGCACCAGAGGGUACCAGAAUGGUUUGAAUUUGUUGCCUUAUGGUUGCCAUGUGGAAAUGGCUUCUUCAACUGCAUCGUAUACUUCUGGUUAAACAAGAGUUUCAGAAAAAAGUUCCAAGAAAUGGGACAAAAGCUUUGCUGGUCCAAGUAUUUUGUUGCCCAACAUGCUCCAACUUUAAAUGUUUCUAAAGGAAAAUAUUUCACCAGAAUUUGGAAAUGGCAAGGUGAAAACACUGCAAGAGUUCGCAGCAUCUCAUCUACUUGUGACUUGGUAUCUUCUGGCAAUGAAAUAAUUUUAUUAAAUGCAUACUGAAGAGUGACGAAUGAAAAUAUGGAAUUGGAAUAUUAAAAAGUCUAUGGAUGCGAAUGACACUAUUAACAGCAGCAUAAUGUUUAUCAUGCUCGAUAUAGCAAAAACGUUCUGUAGAGAAACUAGCUGGAGUGGGGGAAAAAAAUGUAGGAGCAGUGUAUAUGUAAAUUGUUACCUAAUUAAUUGAAGCUGAAAUGAAAGGAUGUGCAUUUGGGCUAAUGGAAAAUUAUUUUGGCUUGCAUUUUUUUUAUGUGGAUAUAAUUUCUGAAUGGUUUGCGAAUAAUUAGUGUGGUACAAUAAUUUGUUUGAGUAAUGUUGAUUGAUUUUCAAUAUUUUGAUCUUCUAAUUGGCUGAUUUAAUAAAUUUGUACUUGAUA